AUGUCACCCAUACGUCUGUCACCUCUACCCAAGAGUUCAUCUUUUGUAACUAAACACGAGCGUAUGAUUGCGCAGCGCCCCCGACAUGUCUGCGUCGCGUUUGAAGUUUUGAGUGACCAGAAGCCGUACCAUAUCAUUUACUCCACCGACUCUUAUUCGCACCGACAACCUGGAUUCAAGAUGCAGCUUCACAUCUGUCUGUUUACCAUUGAAACUGCUCCCACUCCCACUUGGCUCAUUGCGAUCACCACAGGCCUCAACAGCGCGGCCCCAGAGUCGACUUUGCUUUCCGUGGUUGCGACUCUGGACCAAGUGCAACAACAGUCCGUACAGGGUGGUAUUCAAAACGCUGGCUCGGAUUUAUACCUUUUGACGCCCGAAACAGACUUGGGUGGAUGUGACCUUUGGAGCACGCCCCCAGAUUUUAAUUCUUUCUUGUGGCAUCUCUUCCUCAAAGACGAUGGUCUACUCACGCCUCAAAGUUUGAGCCUCAUCACUUCGCAACAAGCCACCUCGUCCGAGGUGGUAACGAAACAGAUCCGGUUAUCAAACGGCGGGAUGCUUACCAAAGCAUACCCAACUCAAAUCCCACCGAACAUAGGGGUCGGGAGUACCAUUGCAUUACAUGAUAUUCCUGGACAGCGACCAAAGGGAUCCAUUGGUGGCGUUGGUUUGCCCAGCGUCCACUGGGUCAGUUUCACAGCAUGCUAG